AGCUACACAGAGAAACCCUGUCUCAAAAACAAACAAAACAAAACAAAAGAUUAUGUAAUAAAUUAAUAUUUCCUAGGCACAAUCUGUUAAAGUAAACCUUAGAGAAAACACAAGACAGUUUUCAUAUAAUACAUGGCAUCAAUACUAUAACCAUGCUUUUGGAUUUUAAUGUGAGUAUGUAGUUAAUAUCAAGACACAGCAGAUACAUAGCAAAGCAUCAUGAAAUUGAUGUUUGCAGCAUCCAGUAUAACAUAACUAAGAAAUCCCUCUUAAAACUAUGACGCCCCAGCUUACUAUAGAGAGAUCUUCAUACAGAGGAUGCUCUCCAUGGAUGAGCAUCCCAUUCACUGUUUUUACUACAGUCAUGUGACAAAUAACAGUACACAUAAAAGGCGAAUAAACAUUUACAUCCUAGCAUCCAAAUCUCUAGCAGCCCUGGUUAACUUACUAUUUAUCUUUGGGGUAAAUUUUAGAGGCAGCCCUCCCUUAGCUAAAUUCUUCCUUGUGUGAAUUACUAUUUCCUAAGCACUGGUAAAUCCUUUAUAUCAUUAAUUCUACUCUUCUACAUUGCAGUUUAAUAGUGGAGUACAUGAGAUGCCAUUUACAACCUCCACAAAUUAACUCCAAAUGGAUCUUACACUUAAAUGUCAAAUGUAAAAUGCAGAACUUCUAGAAGAUACUUAAAACUAGGCCUCUCAAAGUUUGCCAACCUGCCUAGGCUUUGGGAGGUUUCUCUAAGACACUGAUGUAUAGAGCACAAUCAGAGCUCCAUCUCUAAUACCAGGAAUAUGCUUGGGAGAGCUGAUGAUAAUCUGAGACCAGGGCCUUUUGGAAGGGUUUCUUCAGAUCCUAAGAACCCAAUACUUUCACACAAGGGGCUGUGGUUUUCAGUCCCAGCACUACUGUGGACUUCGUUUAUAAUGUUCUUGAGUUACUCCUUGUUCCUCUUUUGCAACAUUGUCUGAUUAGUCUCCUUCUGAAUUUGUACAGUUUAUUUUAAAACUGAACUCAUUGAUUUACAUUAACAAGAGGCUUGCUUUUGAAUUUGGGACAAAUCUCCAGCCAAUCAGGGAUAUGUCUGUCCUGAGAUUAGAAGCCAGGGCUGGGAACCACUGUGCUGUGUCCCUUCUGCUCACCUGGUCCUGUCACUCAGGCCUCACUAGCCAAUCAGAGCCUUCGGCAGACCCGCCAGUCAGAUGGGUGGGUUCUUCCGGGAGCCAGGCUUCUGGCUUAGCUCUUCUCCUGAGGAAGUCACAAGUUGACACAUGUGCUGCGCCUUGAAAUCCAUUGUGGAGAGGGAGUCAGCUCAGCAGCAGCACCAUGUUUCUGAAGAUAAGGUUUGUCUGAGUAGCCCUGGAUGUUCUGAAAGUUGCACUGAAGACCAGGCUGGCUUCAAAAUCAGAGAUUCACCUGAUUCUUGCUCCUACAUGCUGGGAUUAAAGGUAAUUUUCUUGCAGUGUGAUAUCCCACUCAAAGUGUUCAGAAAUGAUAGAGGAUGCAGUGACCUAUAAUGAUGUGCAUGUCAACUUCACUCAGGAAGAGUGGGCAUUGCUGGAUCCUUCUCAGAAGAAUCUCUACAGAGAUGUGAUGCUGGAGACCUAUAUGAACCUCACUGAUAUAGGCUACAAUUGGGAAGAUCAUAAAGUUGAAGAGCACUGUCAAAGUUAUCAAAGAUAUGGAAGGUAA